AUGGGUUUAUGUCAAUCCUCAGAAGAAGACAACCAAGAACAUCAAAAGAGCAAUGAGAUUGACAAGUUACUUGAGAAAGAAAAGAGCAACCGAGAAAAAGAUUGUAAAAUCUUGCUGCUAGGAAGUGGCGAGUCUGGAAAAUCAACGAUAUUGAAGCAAAUGAAGAUUAUCAACUUGAACGGUUAUUCCAAUGACGAAUUAUUCACAUGGAGAGCAACAGUAUACAGAAAUGUGGUGGAAUCAGCGCAGACCAUUGUUCAAGCUGUGCGAGAUUCUGGUACAGCAUUCGAACGCAGUGAACUCAAUGAUAACGUGGAUCGAAUACUAUCAUAUCGUGUAUCUGGAAACCCAAAGAGUCAAUUGAGUCCUGAGAUCAUUGCGCUGACAAAACUAUUAUGGCAAGAUUCCGCAGUGAAAUCAUGCUUAGCAAAAGGAGAAUAUGGAUUUUAUUUGAUGGAUUCAGCACCAUACUUUUUUGAUUCUUUAGAUCGCAUUGGACAGGCAAACUACGUCCCAAAUGAACAAGAUGUCUUGCGGGCAAGACUCAAAACCACAGGCAUCACCGAGAUACAGUUUCAAUUAGGUGGUUUAUUAAUACAUAUGUUUGAUGUUGGUGGACAACGCUCAGAACGGAAAAAGUGGAUUCACUGUUUCGAUUCAGUGACAUCCAUUAUUUUUUGUGUAGCAUUAAGCGAAUAUGAUCAAGUAUUACUCGAAGAGUCUAAUCAGAAUCGCAUGUUGGAGAGUCUGGCGCUGUUUGAGUCCAUUGUGAAUAGUAGAUGGUUCAUUCACUCUUCAAUCAUGCUAUUUUUAAACAAAGUAGAUGUAUUUAAAGCCAAGAUUGCUGGUUCGCCACUAGAGAAUUAUUUCCCUGACUAUGGAGGUGGCAAUGAUGCUAAUAAGGCCGCUAAAUAUAUACUCUGGAGAUUCCUACAGUGUAACAGAAACAAACUAAACAUCUACCCACAUCUAACACAAGCUACUGAUACAUCAAAUAUUCGAUUUGUAUUUGCUGCUGUCAAGGAGACGCUGCUACAAAAUGCAUUGAGAGAUUCUGGCAUGCUAUAA